AAAUGUUAAUUUUACCUCUGUGACUGUCCCGCUGCUGCUGCCGGUCGAUCCGGUUGGAGAACGGGAACGGUUGCCGUGCGGCGCUUCGACUUCCAACUGAUGACACGGCCACGAUGACUCGACUCGACUGUCAGUCCCAGCCCAGACCCAGCCAGCAGGGCAAUCCCCAUCCCCGCACGCCCCGACUCUCCGGAUCUCCGGGGAAUCCAGGAUCCACGGCCCGGCAUCUGCCCCCCCCCCCCCUUCCCGACCUGGGUCAUUCCAUGCGUCAGGCACGGCAGUUUAGGUCUAAGUUAGGACCCUCUACCAUCACUACCCUUGCUCAACCCCAGUCCUCAGUCGCUUAACAUCCCUAGCCGGGUCCAGGUCGCUGCUGCUCUAGGCCUUAGAUCAUCUACUCGACUUCGAGUCUUCGAGUGAACAGCUUUUUCACACAGAGUGUGCUUCCCGCGCGGUCUCUGGCCAUGGCCCUGAAGCUGGUGGACGACGUGCUGCUGGUGGUGAUGCAGUACCUGGACGUGGAGGACCUCUUCGCGUGCCGCCUCGUGUGCAAGCGCCUCGGCGCGCUGGCCCUGCACCCGGACGCGUGGCGCCACCGCCGGCUCACCGAGCGGCCCAAGCCCAAGCGCUGCUACUGCGCGGUGCUGCGCCUGGCGCCGUGCCUCGACGCCAUCACGUACUACUCCGACAAGCACACCCGGGCCUUCGUCAAGACCAAGUGCGCCGUCGAGGACGUGCACCUCGACCUGGGCAUCUGCGGCUCGGCCGCGGAGGCCGGGCUGGUGGUGCGCAACCAGGAGGCGCUCGGCCGCCUCAAGAGCGUCUGCCUGUGCUCGUGCGUCGGGGCGGUCGACGGCGACGUGCUGCUGAGCACGAUCGCGGCCUCCUCGGCCCUGACGUCGUGCCGCCUGACGAACCCCUGCCUGCCCGCCACCAAGCGCGCCGUGGUGCGCGGCCCGCCCCGGCCGUCCUUGCAGUACUUCGACUGCCAGCUGUCCAGGGCCACGCAGCCCUUCGUCAACCUCCUGCUGGCCGGGCACGCCGCCACCCUGCAGGAGGUCCACAUGCACCACGCCGGCGGCGCCUCGGCCAAGUCGGCGGGCCUCUUGGCCGGCAUGCCCAAGCUCCACAACCUGGUGUGCGACCUGCUCCCGGGGCUGCAGGCCGUGGGUGCGUGCAGGUCGCUCAGGAACGUGACCCUCCUCGUGCGGCCCUACAGCCCGGCCGCCGUCCGGGACGCCGUCAAGUUCCUCCGCCGCGCCGCGCAGCUCACGACGGUGGUCCUGGGGUUCGCCGAGGACGACCCCGCCGAGGAGGACGUCCCCGCCGACUUCGGCGUCGAGCUGCUCGCGGCCCUGACGCGCACCCUGGAGGGGCUGUCCGUGAUCGCCCACCCGUCGUUCUCGCUGCGGCCGCUGGUGCUCGCGCUGCCCCGCCUGCCCUGCCUCACGCAGCUGUCCGUCACCCACGCGCCGCUGACCGACGACCUCCUGCAGGGCAUCACGCCGGCCACGGCCCCGGCCCUGCGCAGCCUGCAGCACCGGCGCCUGCCGGACGGCGAGGACUGCACCCACGCCUGGAUGCACGGCCCCGCCGUCGGCGCCGUCCUUGCGGCCAACCCCUCGCUGCACAUCCUGGUGCGCGACCCCGCCUACUGCCGCCGGCCCUCGUGCCGGGCGUGCGCGAAGGGCUGCCACCGGGAGCUGGCCCUGGGCCUGAACGAGCUCGCCCUGUUUGGGCACACCGUCGGACAGUGCCCCUCGCCGGAGGCGCACACUGACACCCGGGACACCGUUCCGUGGCGGUGCCUUUGGGCCCGCGUUUGAGACCAUCGUGUUGUGUUUUUCUGCCAAAUUUAUUUUUGUUUUUUUCUAAUGUUUUUCACUUUGAAGUGUCGUAUGGAUAAUAAAUUAUUUUUUAAAUUUA